AUGCCGAGAGCAGAUGUUGAAACCCAGGAAUUCAGACGGUCGCGCUCAACUCAGCUUCUCGCUUUCGCCAUAACAGUGGGUCAUCCCGUCCGCUCCGACCAACUGCUAUCUACGAUGCCCCCCUGGUCCUGGCCUGGACAUGGCUGCCACGCGAACGGCCGAGUUCAACCGUCGACUGUCCAUUCAUUCCUUCUGGACCUCGUCGCUACAUCUUUUCUUUAUCGUCGUCAUCGUCAUCCUCCUCCUCCUCCUCCUCCUCCUCCUCCUCCUCCUCCUCCUCCUCCUCCUCGUCGCGUACCUAGUUGUAAUUCCAUCGCCAGCAGCGGUCCGGAGGAGAUGCGAGUCCUAUAUCUGCUGUCCCUCCUGGUGGCGUGUCUGGGGAGUGAAGGGUUGGUCAAAGGACUUCUGUUCGAUAGGGAUGGUGUAGUUGCGGCGCCCAAUUGCUCUGUCAGUCGUCUUGUUCUUCCCUCGUUCCUCUCUCCCGCAGCCGACGCGUCAAGCAGAGAGCUCCCGCUAAACGUGUCUCGUCCCCAGGUGCCUUGCCUCACGACUCUGAUACCCAAAUACUGCAACUCGGCGGCGAACACCACCUGCGUCUGCGCGAAUACCGAGCUGCGCGCAUCCGUGCUGUCGUGCUCCUACGCCGCGUGCGAUACCUUCCCCGAACUGUUCCAGCUCCAGAAAUAUGCCGCCGUCUCCUGCGGCAUCACGAGCGACAAGUCGCGCCUGAUGGAUGUGCUGAGGGCCAGCUGUAUCGUGCCGGCCCUGACGCUGCUGUUCCUCCUGGGGCGUGUGACGGCGCGGAUCCGCCUCGCCGUCGGGCUGGGGGCGGACGACUGGAUGAUCCUCGCAGCGGCAGCCGCCUAUUACAUCGAUAUGGCAAUCUCUCUGGGGCUGGUCGGGGAGGGCUUUGGACAGAACCAGUACUGGCUGGAAGGAAGUCAGAUUGUCAACGGCUUGAAGCACUUAUACGCGGCCACGAUCUUCUACAUGAUUGCCAUCACCCUCACCAAGAUGGCGCUUCUUCUCUUCUUCCUCCGCAUCUUCCCCGACCGGAAGUUGCGCCGGGCCAUCUACAUGGUUGGGCUGCUCAUCGUGCUGUCGAACUUCUCCAUUCUGGUCGCCCUGAUCUUCCAAUGCAUUCCCAUCAGCGGCUUCUGGACCAACUGGAGGUAUAAAGAGAGGCCGGUCAAGUGCAUUUCCCAAUACCCCUGCCUCGAAGCCGCGGCCGUCUUCGCCAUCAUCCAUAGCUUCCUGAUCAUCGCGUUGCCCAUCCCCACAGUCUGGAAGCUCAACCUCGUGUGGCAAAAGAAGGCCAAUCUAAUGAUAAUGUUCUGCGUCGGCUCCCUAGCCUUGGUAUGCAGUUUCAUGCGUCUGCCUUCACUAAUCAAAAUGUCCACAUCAAAAGACUUGUCUUGGGACUCGGCACCCCUCGUCGUGUACUCACAUCUCGAGCAGAGCAUCGGCAUCAUCUGCGCCUGCCUGCCCGCCUGCCGGUCGCUGCUCGAGUACUACUUCCCCUCGCUCAAGAUGCACUUUGGCGAGUCGGAAGGCACGCGCGUCCGCACCCACUGCAUGGAGGCCCACACGUACCACCACCAGACCCCGCCGAAGGGCUACCACGAGAAGUCGGACCGCUCCUCAUCCUCGCGCUGCAGCUUCGUGGAGAUGAAGGACCGGUGCGGCGCCUCGUCCCAGUCCUCCAGCAGCUGCCCGUCGGCGGGGAAGGUGAUGGUCAGCGUCGAGGCGGGGGGUGCGGCGCCCAACGAGGACAUCCGAAAGGUCCUGGCGCGAGGGAGCGACGGCAUCUACAUGACGCGGAGCGUGGAGAUGAGCAGUGCCGUGGCGGUGCACGUGGGCGAUAUGCAGAAGUAA